AUGAAUUCAGCACGGUACUCUCAUACAGCAUCAUUACUUAGUAAUGGAUCAGUCUUAGUUGCUGGUGGCUUCAGCUCUAAUAUCAUUACGGAUAGUUCAGAAUUGUACAAUCCGCUCACACAAGCUUGGACAAGGUCGGGCAACAUGAGUUUCAAGCGAUACCAGCACACAUCAUCUAUUUUGGCAAAUGGAAGAAUUUUAGUUGCUGGGGGAUCCAAUGGUUCAACAAACGCAAUGAAUAGUGCAGAACUGUACGAUUCAUUAACCGGAUUUUGGAUAAUCACGGGUAAUGUGAGUGUCGCUCGUCGUUUACACACAGCCACAUUACUUAAUAAUGGGAAAGUCUUAAUUGCUGGUGGAAUCGGUAUCUCGCAGUCCCGAACUAUUUGUGUAGAACUUUACGAUCCAUCAACAGGAGUUUGGACAAUCACGGGUAACAUGACUGACGGCCGAUACGCUCACACAGCAUCACUACUUAAUAAUGGAUCAGUCUUAGUUACUGGUGGGUCGUGCUCCAAUACAAAGACUGUAGAAAUGUAUAAUCCAUUAACAGGACUUUGGACAAUGGCUAGCAACAUGAAUUUCGGUCGAUACCAACACACAGCAUCUGUAGUGGCAAAUGGAAAAGUUUUAGUUGCUGGUGGAUACAAUGCUGUUCCAGCCCCAAUGAAUAGCGCAGAACUGUACGAUCCGUCCACAGGAGUUUGGGCAGUCACUGGUAAUAUGAGUUUCGCGCGAACCUAUCACACUGAAUCAUUACUGAAUAAUGGAGCAGUCCUAGUUGCUGGUGACUCUACAAAUACAGCAGAACUCUAUGUAUGA